AUGGAUACCAUCGCUUCACUUCUGAUAGACCCAUUGAUAAAGCAGCACUUGCAGAACCACGACGAUGAUAACGUAGACGACUUUAUCCACGCCUACAUCAAGGAAAUGCGACUUCGUAAAGAAAAGCAAGAGGACACGACUUUAGACUUGGGGAAUUGGGCCAUGACUAUUGCAGACCUCUUCGUGGCCGGCACAGUAACCACAGCCACUAUAAUUCGAUGGACAAUGGCCUACUUUCUCCACAGCCCGGAUGUACAAGAAAAGUGUUUUCGGGAGAUCCAGGAAAAUAUCGGCCAGAACAGACUCUCCAUGAAGGACAAGACCAAUCUGCCCUAUGUGGAAGCCACUUUUAUGGAAGUGUUGAGACGAGCGGAUAUUGCUCAUACCGCUCCCACACACCGUUCCCCUUGA